AUGGAAGAAGACGGCGCCGCCCUUCAGAACCCUCGCGAACGAGAGGCCGCCGAGAAGAUCACGUUCCGCUUCUGUCGCGAAUGCUCCAACAUGUUGUACCCUAAAGAAAGUCGCGAACACCGUCGCCUCAUCUACGUUUGCCGAAACUGUGGCUUCGAAGACGAAGCUGCCUCCCAAUGUGUUUUUCGAAACGUCCUGAGCUCUGUUGCUGAAGAAACGGCUGGUGUGACUACGGAUGUCGGCAGUGAUCCUACAGUAUGUCUACUCUGCGGGUCCCUUAUUGAAGAGAAUGAUGGUACUCGGGAGGAUGAUGAUGGGGAAAACGGGUCUAACUAA